AUGAAGUCUACCAUAGUCGCCUUCGUAGGCCUCAUCUCCUUUGUCGUUGCCCAGAGAUGCAACGCCGAUAACUGCGCCCGCAGAGUGACCGGCACCUUCAGGGCCGCCGGCGUCCCGGACGUCACAAGCCGCGGCUUAGACUGCUCCUCUUACAUGCAGACCACCGUCAUUCCGGACACGUUCACUUCCACCAUCACCACCACGAUCUACACCGACAAUAUACCCCUUACCCCAACUACUACCUUCUCUCAGUCUACAACCCGUGCCCCCAUCACGCAAUCUCCAACCUCAGUCCCCUCCUACGCGGGGGUCUCCUGCACCAGCACCAGCGCCUACUCCUCAGCCUGCAGCUGCUGGGGCUACACCCCUUACAUAACGACCCUUCCCGCGCCAGUCGCCACCGUCACGGCAACCCAAUACGCCAACCCAGGCUGCCGCGGCGCCCGCGACUGUCCCUUUGACGGCGUGAACCUCUACCAGUGCCCCGGCGGCGGUGGAAAGCUCUGCACUUGUCUUCGCGAGGUCGAUAGGAACUUGGACGAACCGGGUCGGAGGCACGUCUGCGUGGAGAGUAAGGGAUGUAACGAGGUCAGGACGUGUACUUCGUCGAGCAGCUGCAGCGCGGGCGAGGCGUGCGUGUGGAAUUACUGCUGUGAACGGCAGCGGAGAAGGAUUUGUCUAAAGUAUGCGCCUUUGGCGUGUGGUAACCCGACUCUGCCUAGAAAUAUCUUUGAAGAGCGGUGGGAGUUGGUUGAGCCCCGAGGUAGCAGGAUGGUGUGA